UUAUUUCAACUUCCGUUUAUACAUUCUCUAUACACCGCCCGAGGAAGCAAUAACCCUGCUUGUAGACAAAAAAAUAUUUGAUUUCGAAAUGGCAGCAGCACAAUCUUCUAGAGAUCCAUAUCCCUUUGAAAAAUUUCAGAACGAUGACAACUUUAUGGGAAGGAGAGAUCCUGAAGGUAUUUGCUAUCCUGUGCCAGCUCACUUAGCUCAACGUCAAGAACCAUGGCAACGACUCAGUAGCCAGCACACACUGAGCUCUGCCAGGCAUGAAGUCUAUCACUUUGAUCCUGCAGCACCUAAAGAUGACCUUGACUUUGUUCUCAAGUCUCAGUACAACCAGCAUGAUGAACUGCUCAAGAAUAGGAAUGAAGUUGUUUAUCAGCCAGAGACGUUUGGAGAGGAGCAUGGACGUGUUCUCAAGAACAGGGUAAAACCAGAACCAGUUAAGAAAAUGAAUUUGAAUCACCCUCUUCUUAUCACAAGUCAAGCGAAGAAAGAAGACAAUAACAGUAUCAAAACAGCAAUCGAGAGUCACCACACAGAAACCACAAACAAAGGGUUCUCACGGAAACCAGAUGGAGGAUUCUUUUGUUCUUGAAUUGCAUAUUCACAUUAUUUAUAUACAUGGCUUUCAAUAUGCAGUUUAUUGGGUUUUUUAAAAAAAUUCAUUAAUGUUUUUUAUGUCAGCAUGUAGUCACAAAGCUGUCGUAUUCUCCUUUUAAAAAAUAAUGAGAGCUGACCAGUUGAUUCAGAAAACUGUAGUCUAGUUACAUAUUUUUAAAGCCUUGUAUCCAAAUAUGCUACUUUAGUGCAAACUGACAAUGUAUUCCACAAUAAUUCAAGUUGGAGGAUUAAUCUGCUCUGUUGAUAUAAUGCCAUAUUUAGAGAAUGCUCAAAAGAAUAUUCCAAAUUGCGUUCUAGACAUAGGAAUUUGCAGGCCCUACUGAAAAAUUUAAAGCAUUCUUGUGAAAUGCUUCAGCCAUUAGACAUUUAGUCUUCACUUGUAUUUAGACAAUUUUUAUAAUUAUUUUACAGAUUAUUGGAAUUUUGCUGCACAAACUGUCUACUAAUUCCAAAUAUUAUUUAUCAAAAUGUUUUGACAUUUUGUUACUUUCAUGUUUGUGCAAACCAGAUUUGUUUUAUAUAGGGAUUGUUGUUGCUUUUUUUUUAUUUGUCAAUGUCAGAAUUGUUCUCUUUUUGUUGUCUGUAGUUUCUGUCACCCCUUCACAAUUAAAAAAAACUUUGACUGCUGUUAUUACACAUUUUAUUUUGAGUACAGCAGGUGUAUAUUUUGCUGUUCCAGUAUUUUUUUCUUUCCUUUGAAAGACCUUUGGUGUAUAUACUAGAUAGUUUGUAUUUUCUUUGAUCACAUGUGUAAUAUGAGACCGUUUGCAUGAAAGUCUUUAUGCUAAUUUCUGAUGCAUGUUGUUUCACUUUUCAUAGUUGGAACUCACAUAGCAUCCACCAAGAACGGCUAUAGCAGAAAACCAAGCAUGGGCGGAUAUUUCAUACCCUAAUUGACUGCAGUCAAAACCUCUAUAUACUGAUAAACACUUUUGCCUUCAGAAGAGCACUGAACAUCUUGUGCUGAACAGAAGAAUGGAUGAAUAAAGAUAAAGAAAGCUUACUUAUA